AUGGAGGGCAUAGUCCUUGCCGUGUCGUUUGUGGUGGCACUGGUAGUCUUUUUCACAUCGGAGACCGAGAAGCCACCGGUCUAUCACUGGGCGUUUGCAUACUUUGGUUUCAUAAUCGCCGUGUCCUGGAUCUACGCCCUGGCCAACGAAGUGGUCGACCUCCUGACCGCAGUCGGCAUUAUCUUCAGUUUGAGUCCCUUAUUGCUGGGCCUGACUGUCCUCGCCUGGGGUAACAGUGUUGGAGACUUCAUAUCCAACAUAAGUAUGGCUCGCAAUGGAUUCCCACGAAUGGGCGUGAAGUCGGCGAGUGUUAGCUAUUACACGAGAUUCACGAAACAGUGGUACGAAUGGGAACAGGAGUUGUAUCGCAAAAAUGGCAAAAUUUUCGGUAUCUAUGAAAUCACAAAACCGGUGCUCUUUCUAUCGGACCCGGAGCUCAUUCGCGACGUUUUGGUCAAAGAUUUUCAUAUAUUUAACAACCGAAGAGACUUCCGGACGGGUGGCGACCCAUUGGUGGACAAUAUGGUUAGUAUCGUGAGAGACGAGCAGUGGAAGAAGAUCCGGUCCAUAAUGUCUCCCACUUUCUCGACGGGAAAGCUCAAGAAGAUGAUGCCAUUGAUCGUUGAAUGUCGUAAUACAAUGAUUGGUAAUCUGGAAAAGAUCGCCAAAAGUGGCAAACAGGCGGAUAUGAAGAGGUUGUUUGGCGCCUAUGCCAUGGAAGUGGUCAUUCAAGUGGCGUUUGGCACGAAAGUGGACGCACUCAUCGACGAGAAUAACCCCAUUAUAACCAAUGCCCGUAAAAUGUUUGGCAAAGACUUUAGC